ACACAACUCCUCCUCCACCCUCUUCCCUUGUUCAAACAAUUUCCCCAACAUUCAAAGUUGUACUUAAUCUUAGCCAAAAAGGCCUAUAAAGGUAUAUAUAUACCUUCUUUUUUUUCUGAUCAGGAUUCAAACCCUAGAUCAGUUUUAAUUAGUUUCCUAGUUUUAUUCAUAGUGUGCAAGAAUGGGAAACAGCUUAAGGUGUUGUUUGGCUUGUGUUCUUCCAUGUGGAGCUCUAGACUUGAUUCGAAUAGUCCAUUUGAAUGGCUAUGUGGAAGAGAUUACACGUCCAAUCACAGCAGGAGAGGUUCUCAAAGCAAACCCUAACCAUGUUCUAAGCAAACCUAGCUCUCAAGGCGUCGUUCGCCGGAUUUUGAUCCUUUCACCGGAGACCGAGCUCAAGAGGGGCAGCAUCUACUUCUUGAUCCCGGAAUCUUCGCUGCCGGAGAAGAAACGGCUAGCCGGAAAGGGAAGAAAUGUUGGUGGUGAUAAUGAUAUAAAAAAGAAACCAUCAACAUUGAAAGGGAACAAGGGUAGUAGUGAUGAUGAUUAUUCUUCACUAUCACAAGGGUGCCUCAAUAAAGCCACUCACAAAGGUUCUAAAGAGAAGAAAUCGUCGUGCCGGGAUCGCCGGAAAGGCCGCAUCGGAAUAUGGAGGCCUCAUUUGGAGAGUAUAUUGGAAGAUUAGUCGGUUUUUUGUGUCGCUGGCCGGUGGCCGGAAUCCAACAUGGCUGGAAAAAAGAAGAGGAGAAAAAGAAGAAGAAAUAUGUUAAAUUAUUGAAAUAUAGCAACAGGACUUUUUUUUUUGUUCCCUUUUGUUUUAUAAAUGUAUGUGGGAAUUUGAUUUUGUGGAUAAAAAAGUUUACCUUACUUUCAAAUU